AUGGAUGAUCUCUACGAUGAGUUCGGUAACUUCAUAGGCGAGGAAGUCGAGUCGGACGCCGGCUCCGACGCGGGCGUGGACGCCGCUGAUUAUGUCUUUGAUGACGCUGCUGGUGAUAUCCAAGAUGAGGAUGAGCUUAUGGAGGUGGACGAUGGUCCUUCAAAUGCAGUCAUUCUCCAUGAGGACAAACAAUACUACCCGACUGCCGAGCAGGUAUAUGGCCAGGAUGUCGAAACGCGUGUCGAGGAGGAGGAUGCGCAGCCUCUCACGCAGCCCAUCAUUGCACCGAUCGAGACGAAAAAGUUUACCAUCGAAGAGGACGACCUCCCACCCGUGUACUACAGCCGCGAGUUCAUGUCGGACUUGAUGAAUUUUCCUGAGCAAAUACGAAACGUCGCGCUCGCUGGUCACCUGCAUCACGGAAAGACGGCCUUUACCGACAUGCUUGUUCUGGAAACACACGACAUUCUUGAAAAGCUUGACAAGAGAGUCGGCCGAAAGCGUGAUGAGGCGCUCCGAUACACAGAUAUUCACAUCCUCGAGCGCGAGCGCGGCGUCUCUCUCAAAUCUUCACCGAUGAGCUUUGUGCUGCCCAACUCCAAGGGAAAGUCGCACUUGGUCAAUGUCAUUGACACGCCUGGCCACGUCAACUUUGUUGACGAGGUCGCUGCGGCUUUCCGACUUGUCGACGGUGUCUGCUUGGUGGUCGAUGUGGUGGAGGGCGUGCAGGUGAAUGCGGAACAAAUCAUUAAGCAUGCCGUGCUGCAAGACCUGCCACUUACGCUGAUCGUCAACAAAAUGGACCGCCUCAUUGUCGAGCUGAGGUUGCCGCCCAAGGACGCGUAUUUUAAGCUGAAGCACGUUAUUGAGGAAGUCAAUACGAUAAUCGCAAACACCGCACCCGCCACAUCCGCGGCAAAGCGUGUCAGCCCCGAAAAGGGCAAUGUGCUCUUUGCUUGCACCGAUCUGGGCUGGUGCUUUACACUACAGUCAUUCGCCAAAAUGUAUGCGGAUAGCUAUGGCGACAUCAACGCCCAAGACUUGGCGAAGCGUCUGUGGGGAGACGUCUACUUCAACCCCAAAAAGCGAACAUUUUCACGGAAACCACUCGAGGAUAGAGCCGCGAGAUCAUUCGUCCACUUUGUCUUGGAGCCUAUUUACAAAAUCUUUACACAUUCCAUCAGCGACAGCCCAGAGGACCUGCGGCCUGUCCUAGAGUCUCUAGGAAUCCAGCUGAAACCCGCGCAAUACAAGGCAGAUGCUAAGGUCAUUCUGAAACUUGUGUGCGAGCAGUUCUUUGGGCCUUCUACCGGCUUCGUCGACAUGCUUGUGCAGCAUGUACCUUCGCCAGUUGAGUCGGCACAACGGUUACUGGAGCGUCAUUACACUGGCCCGCUGGAUAGCAAGGUGGCCCGCUCUAUGCUGGAGUGCGACCAGGAUGGGCCCCUUGUCAUACACGUUGCUAAGCUCUUCAACAAACCCGACGCCAAGAGUUUCUAUUCUUUUGGCCGAGUCUUGAGCGGAACCGCGCGCCCUGGUGUGCGGGUUCGAGUAUUAGGAGAAGGAUACUCUCUUGAUGACGAGGAAGAUAUGACGACGACAGCGAUCAACCAAGUAUUUAUUGGUCAAACGAGAUAUAACAUACCCACUGACGGCGUGCCUGCUGGUAACCUCGUGCUACUGGACGGAGUUGACAACUCCAUAGUCAAGACAGCCACGAUUGUGCCGCCCACGCUGGAAGACGAUGAGGACGCGUACAUCUUUAAACCCGUCAGCCACUUUACAGAGUCAGUUCUCAAGGUUGCUGUUGAACCCAUCAACCCUUCAGAACUGCCCAAGAUGCUUGAUGGGUUACGAAAGGUUCAAAAGUCCUAUCCCCUCCUCGACACCAAAGUUGAGGAGUCCGGCGAGCACAUUAUCAUCGGCACUGGCGAGCUCUACAUGGACUGUGUCCUGCACGACUUGCGCCGUCUCUACGCGGACAUGGAUAUCAAGGUGUCUGAUCCUGUAACGAGGUUCUGCGAGACUGUUGUGGAGACUUCAGCCACCAAGUGCUACGCCAAUACGCCGAACAAGAAGAACAAGAUUACUAUGGUAGCCGAGCAACUCGAUAAGGGCAUCUCGACCGACAUUGAGACGGGGGCCGUCAAGAUCCGCGACCCCAUCAAGAAGACGGCCAAGUUCUUCGAGGAGCGGCAUGGGUGGGAUAAGCUGGCGGCGCGCAGCAUCUGGGCGUUUGGUCCAGAUGAGGCCGGCCCCAACAUCCUCCAAGACGACACGCUGCCCACGGAAGUGGACAAGAAGCUGCUCAACACGGUGCGCGAGUCGAUCCGGCAGGGCUUUAGCUGGGCGACACGCGAGGGCCCGCUGUGCGAGGAGCCGAUCCGCAACACCAAGUUCAAGCUGACGGACAUUGUGCUCGCGAGCGAGGCCAUCUUCCGCGGCGGCGGCCAGGUAAUCCCGACGGCCCGCCGCGCAUGCUACUCGUCGUUCCUCAUGGCGUCGCCACGGCUCAUGGAGCCCGUGUACGCCGUGUCCGUCACCGGCCCCGAGGACUCGUACAUGGAGGUGUACAACGUGCUGGCGCGCCGCCGGGGCCACGUGCUCUCGGACGGCCCCGUCGCGGGCACGCCGCUGUAUCGCGUCAACGGCCUGCUGCCCGUCGUCGACUCGUUCGGCUUCGAGACGGACCUGCGCAUCCGCACGCAGGGCAGCGCCAUGGUCGCCCUCGUGUUCGACUCGUGGAGCGUAGUCCCCGGCGAUCCCCUCGACCGCGAGCAGGUCAUCCGCCCCCUGCAGCCGGCCACCGCCCAGGCCACCGCCCGCGACUUCGUCCUCAAGACGCGCCGCCGCAAGGGCCUUAGCGAGGACGUGAGCGUCAAGACGUUCCUCGAGCCCGAGUUCUACCAGAGCCUGAUGGAGAGUGGCAUGCUCGGCGAGCUGUGA